UCAUAUCGCUCCCUACCCACAGCUCAGCUUUGAUUUCAACGUUUACUCUGUCCCUCUCUCUAUCUAUGAUGAGUUUGCGUGAGCAAUGGAGCAAAAAAGCUGACGUUAUAUAUUUUUUUUCUCGAGAAAACUGAAAAUCUGAGAGAAAAAUAGAAGACAUGGGAAGAAAGUAAGCUCUAAAGCUGGUCGUCUGACUGUGAUACUCAUUGCGUCUUAUAUUAUCAGCUUACAUAUGAAUAGAAAUAAAUUAUUUGAAUCUUUUCGCUUCAGACAGUGUUGAAAGUAAAGAAGGAGGAGGAUUUGUAGAUAAAGUGCAAGUUAAGUAUAAUCUAUGCAUCCUCACCUUCCAAUUUGGUUGGCGGACUUAGAUGGAUGUUCCCUCUCCAGAACCAAAUAGUGACGCUCAAAGUGACCAAUUUCCUUUGCUACUAGAGCAGAUGGAAAACCCUAGCAAUCAUGUGCACAUAAUUGAUGUAACAAGGAAUCGUGAUACUUCAGCAAGUUCAUCUAGUGAUGACCAACCUCCUAGAGUGGACUUGCCUCAGCAUGAAGAGAGACCAUCAGCUAGUACACAUGCCCCUACCUAUCAAGCUGCUUCAUCCUCCUCAAACAGAUUAAAUUCUAGGAAUUCGUCAUUUAUGAGGAGAGGUGAUGGGUACAGUCGUCGCCGAAGAAGCCCUUUGAAUUCAGGGUUAUGGAUUUCUGUUGAGCUUGUUGUCACUGUGAGUCAGAUUAUAGCAUCUAUUGUUGUUUUGUCAUUGUCAACAAAUGAAAAUCCACAAGCCCCUUUGUUUGCAUGGGUUGUGGGUUAUGCAUCAGGUUGUGUUGCAACACUUCCUAUUCUUUACUGGAGGUUCCGUAACCGCAACAGAGGUGCUGAGCAAGAAUCCUUUCAAUCGCAUCAAGGGUCUUCUGAAAGCAAUCCUCCUGAACCAAUGUCAUAUACAGCUAUUUCAAUUUCUCAAGCAUCUGAUGAAGAAAACAAUCGCACCUCAGAAACAGUCACAAAUAACCCUCAAAUUGCAGGACCCUUAAGUGCAAGACUUAAUGGGUUAGUGGAUCAUUUCAAGAUGGCCUUAGAUUGCUUUUUUGCAGUCUGGUUUGUGGUAGGCAAUGUGUGGAUUUUUGGAGGUCACUCUUCUCCCUCUGAUGCUCCUAAAUUGUACAGGUUAUGCAUAGUGUUCCUAACCUUUAGUUGUAUCGGAUAUGCCAUGCCAUUCAUACUAUGUGCAACAAUUUGUUGCUGCCUGCCCUGCAUCAUCUCCGUCCUGGGAUUUCGAGGGGAUUUUUCUCAGACUAGAGGAGCCACUGUGGAAUCAAUUAAUGCUCUCCCAACCUACAAAUUCAAGUUAAAGGAAAAUGAGACCAGUGAUGAUCACGAGUGCAACAUGGAUAGUGAAGGUGGGCUCUUGGCUGCAGGGACAGAAAAGGAGCGCGCAAUAUCAGGAGAAGAUGCGGUUUGUUGUAUUUGCUUGGCAAAGUAUGCAGAUGAGGAUGAGCUAAGAGAGCUACCAUGUUUACAUGUCUUUCAUGUGGAGUGCGUUGACAAAUGGUUGAAAAUCAAUGCAUCAUGUCCCCUCUGUAAAAGUGAGGUUGGAGAGAGCAGCAGUGCCUCACCAUUGGCCAGAGACUCGGACCAGCAGUAGGGUGAGGGAGAUGGUCAAACCCCAAUUGGGGUGGUUCGUCGAAGUGCAAAAAAUUCCAUAUUGUUUCACAGAAGAGCCUUUGACAACCGAGUCUGUUGUCUCAGGUUCUGUCAUGGGGACAUGCGGUUCAGUAUAUCUGUAAAUUUCAUAUAUACUAUUCAAAUAUACAGGUGAGUUUUGUACCUUGUCCUGUACUCUUUGUUUGGUGGGCACAUUCAUGGAGCCCUUGCUAUGGAAGGAAAAAAAUGAUAAACAUGUCUCAUGUCCAAACUACAGUCUGCAAGUACACCUUGUCACCUAAGAAGCAAUUUUAUCGAAAUUCCAUUCCGUUCGGGUUCUGAUA